AUGUGUGGAAACGUCAACGAAAUGUUUACACGUUGGCGGCUUGUUCUGCCGGUUUUCCCUCGCCUUUCUGCAGUUCCAUUUUCCCGUGAAUAUUGCUGUUUGUUUGGCAAAGUGCACAGUAAACACCGAGAAAUCAGAUACGCAAACCAUUCCCGCACCAUCAUGAGCAGCGAAGAGGCUAAACGGUUCAAGGACGAUCUGCCGGAAGCACGUCUAAAGAUCGGUACCCACAAUGGGAUUUUCCACUGCGAUGAGUUGCUGGCGUGUUUUAUGCUGCAGCAGCUGCCGCAAUAUGCGACGGCCCAGAUCGUACGUUCGCGGGAUAAUAAGGUGCUGGACGAGUGCGACAUCGUGGUGGAUGUGGGCGGAACGUUCGAUCGAUCGCGCCAUCGCUACGAUCACCAUCAGGGAACGUUCAACGAAACGCUCAACAGUCUACGACCGGAGCUGAACUCACCGUGGAACAUUCGUCUCAGUUCGGCCGGACUGGUGUACACGUACUUCGGUGAAGAGGUGAUCCGGGAGGUGGUCAAGAGGAAGCUACGGGUUGAACUGGAUGCCGAUUGCUUGCGUGCCGUCUACCGGAAGGUGUACGAUGGAAUGAUCUGUGAAAUCGAUGCCAUCGACAACGGUGUGCCGAUGUUCGAGGGAGGCGAACCACAGUACAACAUAACGUCCCAUCUGAGUGCCCGGGCGGGCAAGUAUAAUCCCGUCUGGAACGAACCGGAACCACCGCCGGAAGAUAUGGAGCGUUUCGAGCGAGCCAAAGCUUACGUUGGGCAGGAGUUUGAAGACAAGGUGCUGUACUACGUGAAGAGCUGGUGGCCUGCACGUGACAUAGUUCGGCGAGCUCUCGCCAACCGCUCAAGUAUUCACGAAUCGGGCGCUAUUCUGGAGCUAGAUCAAUUCUGUCCAUGGAAGGAGCACCUGUAUGAACUGGAGAAAGAACUCGACGUCGUUGGGCAGGCAAAGUACGUCAUCUACUUCAACAAGGCAAACGAUUGGCGCAUCAUCUGUGUACCUUUACAGUCGGCCAGUUUUGUUUGUCGCAAGUUUCUGGCCAAACCGUGGCGCGGGGUACGCGAUGAUCAACUCGUAACGGUAUCUGGUAUUGAAGGGGCCACGUUUUGUCACCAAACGGGCUUUAUCGGAGGUAAUUUGACGCGUGAAGGAGCUCUUCGGAUGGCGAUCGCGAGUUUAGAAGCAACGGAAGAGUAAUGGAAGAUCAAACGAUAUAGAUGAAUAAAAAGAAACCUCACUCUUGUAA